AUGGUAUUUCAAACCAUAUUGUCGCCGCUCACGCCUCACAAUUCAACAUGUGGGUAUUGCUCGCCUCCUGGGCGGUGUAGUGAGACGGCGUCCAGCUGGCACGCGGCGGAAUGUAUACCAACCCAAAUUUCUUGUGAGGCAAGCAUGAUUGUUUAUCAGAAGAUGAUUGACCGAGGAUGGAGGAGGUCCGGAACGUACUGCUACAAGCCGGACCUCAGGCGGUCGUGCUGUCCAGCAUAUACCAUCAAACUCGAUGCCCUCAAGUUUUCACCUUCAAAGAGCCAGAGAAAAAUCAUCAGUCGUUGGAAUCGGUUUGUGCUGCAUGGAGACAGGUCCGUUGACGCUGCGUCUCAGAACGCGAAGAACCCGCCGUUUUCGCUGUCAGAGGCCAUUCACUCGACUGAAUACAGCGUCUGUACCAGCGACAAUCCAGUACAUAAGUUCGAGGUCACCCUGGAGCCAUCAUCAUUCACCGAAGAGAAGUUUGUCUUGUAUCAGAAAUACCAACAAGAGAUCCACCAUGAGAAGGAAAAGGCCCCUGGCGGCUUCAAGAGAUUCCUUGUCGAGACGCCUCUCCAUCGCGACGCUAUCAUUUACCCCGGGGCACGCCCAGACCAUCUUCCGCGAGAGUACGGGUCGUACCACCAGAUGUACAGGCUAGACGGUGAAUUGAUUGCUAUCGGAGUCAUCGACAUCCUUCCGAAUUGCGUAUCCAGUGUGUACUUCAUGUAUGAUAUCAAGUGGGAGAGGUUCUCGUUAGGAAAGCUAAGUGCUCUCCGAGAGGCAUCAUUGGCGAAAGAGCUUCAUACGGCCGGAGUAGUCGACCUGAAGGCAUUGUACAUGGGAUUCUACAUACACUCCUGCAAGAAGAUGCGAUAUAAGGGGGACUACUACCCUUCCUAUCUGGCCGACCCAGAGGAAUAUACCUGGUAUCCCCUGGAGACAUGUCGUCCCCUACUCGAUAAAUUUCACUAUGUAAGCUUCGCUCACCCGGAGCAUAAUCUCAAAGCACCUGCUACAGAAGGUUGUAGAAUUUGA